UGCCCACGAUGCUUCUACAUCAACAGGAAAUGCUCUUCUGCGAAUGAUGCCAGUUUGUUGACUUUUUUUUUUGUAUUUAUUAUUUUUUCUUCGUGUGUGUCUGAUUUUUCCUUUGUUCUUUUUUUCUUUUUUUUCCCUUUUUGUAACCUACCACCUUUGUCUCCGGGUCAGAGGUGUACCUUUCGCUUCUUUUUCGUUUACACUGGUAUUUUUCGCGUUAUUUUAGGUAGCUAUUGCUGCUACUGCUGCACCUUCCAGCUUUUUUAUUUUCUUUUUUGGUUAAUUUAG